CAGCUGUAGCUGUGCCAACUGUCUGCUUGGCGUCACAAAGAAAAGACAGUUAUCAAAAGUGUUCCUCCAACUAUAAUAAUACCAGGAAAAUAUAAUUCCUGAUCGAAAUUUCGUUUUCGUGAUUUGUUUUGAUUGAUAAAAAAAAAAUUGAGAAGAUUGACAUCUGUGAAAAUUGUGAUUGUGAUGUUAGGCUAGGUUUGUUUCUUGUUCUGUGAAGUGUCAAGACAGGUGUCAAUUUGACACAUCCAGACGUUUGUUGACAUGUUUCGUCGUAUUUGUUUAACAAUUGAGUGUUCAUAAUUACAAGAAUGUUUUUUGAUUUCACCCAUGAAAACGGGAGUGAUCACGAGCCUCCUUCGCCUGAAACAUGUAUGCCCAAUCCAAGACGCAACAAUACAAUUAUAACUGACGUUUACAAUGGAAUUCCUGAGAAUUUGUUGCUAAAUUUCAUCGGCUUUGUGCUUCUAGUCACACUUUUUGGCUUCCUUCGAAAAAAAGCUUGGAAUUAUGGAAGACUGGCUCUCCUGCACAAAACCGAUAACAGGUGGAUGGAAUUAUUUUACGGUGACAACGACAGAGAUGCAGACUUAACUUGCAUCGAGACUUCCGUCAAUAUACAGUUAUCACACGUAGAUCGAGGAUUUCUAUCAUGGGUUGUCACCGCUUUCAGAGUCAAGGACGACGAGCUUAUGAAGCGAGCAGGACCGGAUGGCUUUCUCUACAUUUGUUUCGAACGUUAUUUAAUCAUCCUGACAAGCCUGAUGACGUUGGUCGCACUUUGCAUAAUUCUGCCGAUUAAUUUAUCCGGGGAUAAUUUGCAAGGAGGCAAGGCUUCUUUCAGUCACACGACUUUAUCGAAUAUCAAUCCGAAGGAAGAAAAUGGCAAAAUUUGGGUCCAUUCGAUGCUCAUUCUCUGCUAUCUUCCCAUUGGUGGAAUCAUUCUUCGAAGAUUCAUGAAACAGGUGAGGAAUGCAAAACCUGUCGGCGAAUUGGCUGCUAGAACACUACUUAUUACCGAGAUUCCGAAACACCAGUGCGACGUACAAAAUCUUAUUCAGUAUUUCAGAGAAGCCUUUCCCACAUUGACUGUCGAAGACGUGACUCUAGCCCACGAUAUCAAGAGAUUAUCGAGCUUAGACUCGGAAAGAGAUUGCGCCGAGCAGGCCCGUUUGUAUUGUGAAAGUUAUGCGAAACGGAAAGGACCAUUAAAAAUGUAUCCGUAUCCCUGCGGCCAGCUUGUUGGAUGCUGUUGCAAAACUAAACUAGUCGACGCUCAAGAGUUUUACACAAAUGAGGAAAUUCGCCUCACCGCCUUAGUCGAGGAAGAAAAGAAAGUUGCACUCAGCAAAAGAUUAGGAAUCGCAUUCGUAACUUUAGGAACACCUGGAGAUGCGAGAAUGAUGCGAAGACAAUUGCGUUCUUCCCCGGCGAUAAAAUGGCACGUGAGCUACGCCCCGGCACCUUCCGAUAUUUUCUGGGAAAAUUUGAGUGUCGCGAGGCCUUGCUGGUAUCUGAAUGCGACUUUAAUCAACAUGAUUUUGGGUCUGUUCCUCUUUUUCCUCACCACUCCUGUCGUGAUACUGACUGCAGUGAAUAAGCUUCCAAUUACGGGAGAGCUUAGAAAUCUGAGUCCAGUUCUUUCGGCUUUCUUGCCGACUGUAAUUUUAGUGAGCGUCGCUGCCUUGAUGCCGGCGCUCGUCGGCAAAAGCGAAUCUUUCGUGAGACACUGGACCAGAAGCAGUUUAAACCGAUCAGUCAUGAGGAAGACUUUGCUUCUGAUGUUGCUCGCUUUUCUCAUUUUGCCGAGUCUCGGAUUAACGAGUUUCCAAGCGGUUUUGGAUUGGGUUCACAGUGGAAAUGACACCGCCAGAUGGGAAUGUAUCUUCCUCCCAGAUCAGGGUGCCUUUUUCGUGAAUUACGUCAUCACAGCAGCUUUAGUAGGAAGUGCCCUUGAACUUGUCAGAUUUCCAGAGCUCGCCCUCUACACUUUUAGACUCUGUAUCGCGAGAAGUCGAGCCGAAAGGAUCCACGUGCGAAAGGCAGUCCUCUGGGAAUUUCCUUUGGGCGCCCACUACGCCUGGCUUCUGCUCGUCUUCACAAUGACCACCGUUUACAGCCUUGCGUGUCCACUCAUCACGCCCUUUGGUCUCCUCUAUCUGCUCAUCAAGCAUUUUGUGGACAGACACAAUUUGUGUUUCGCCUACGGACCGAGCGUGGGUGGAGGUCAAUUAGCUGGAGCAGCAGCAAGUGCAGCAGGAGCUGCACCAGUUUUAGCACAAGCGGCCUUUUUAGCCUUGGGCCUUGUGAGAGGCGGAUUAUCUGCUCUCUCGGCUGUUCAACUUAGUGGACUCGCUGCCAGCAUUUUGGGUCUUGUGACCGGCGCCACUUUGCCCUCUUCUAAGCCCAAGGCCCACGCACCCAAAAGAGAUUUAGCACCAGGCCAGAGUUUUGUGCCUCCAGUUCUGCGGAAAAGAUUAAACGCCCCGAUUCCAGAAGAAACAGUUUCAAUCACUUCGAAUCCUGCCGAAUCACCUAUGUCCAACAACGACUCAACGACGAGUUCUUCCCUUCAGGAAAGCCCAAAGCUCUACCAAAACUACAAUAUGGAACCUAAAGUUUAAUAUUCACUUCCUCAAAUAAUUUAUUAAUCCAGACCGAUUACUCAGGAUUGCCGGAUAAUUAAAACUUGUGCAUUAGUGAAAUAUCUUAGCUCUAGGUGUUUCGUAAAAAUAAGCGUAUUUUGAAGAUUCGCAGCGGGACGCAUAGCGAAUCUAAAAAUUAAGGUUUCUUUACAUUAAGAUUUCCUCAAAAUAAUUUUUUUCAAAUUAUUUUAUAUGAGUAUUGAUCAUUUUUAUAUGAGUAUUUAAUCGCAGAAAAGAAUCAAAUCAUUAUUGAGAUUCUUAAUUCAUGAAGUGAAAUCUCUGUUUUACAAUUGAAUUGUAUUUGAAAAUAGUAUUUUAUGAACAUUUUUUUUAUCAGAUAUUAAAAGAAAGUCAGUCGUCCCGAAAAAAUGCAGAGAGCCACUGGAAACGAACGAGUGUUUCGUUAUCGGAACUGACCUAGCUUCCCAAUUAGCCAAUUAUACACAUUUAUUUAAUUAAUUAUUAUCGUUUGGCUUCCAGUGGUAGUCUCAGCAAUAGAUCGAAUUUUAAAGACUCGGAAAUAUCAAUUUGAAGGAAAUUUAAAUGAAAAUUUACUUUGAAUUAAUAUUUUCGAAAUAAGCAAUCUUGUUGCGAUGUUGGCAGUUUUUAGGCAGGAUAUACGCGUCGCGUAGAGACGCUUUUUGUAUAUUUAUUAAUUGCUAAGGACUAAAUUGGGAAAUUUUAUCAAUUAAUAUCGCAUAAUCGUUCGUGAUUAUAUUUUUCCAUUCUUCUUUUUCUAACUUGUGGAAAUUGAAUAAAAAUUGUUACAUAACUUCUAAUUAAUCAUUAAUCAUUCAUAUCCUUGUACAGUAUUAUACAUUAUAUAAUGAUAAUUAUAUAGGUAUAAUUAGUAGCUAAUAAAGAGGAGUAAUUAGGUUCAAAAUGGUGAAUUCUAAUCAUGGAUUUAAUCACAGUUGGUGGAAUCGGCCUUCAAAAUUUAGACCUUUUUUGCAAGUCGCUGAUAAAAGAAUAUAGUUUCUUAUCAAAAGAAUGUUGUUUUAUAUACUUUUAUCUUAAUAAAAUACAUUUAAUUGUA